AUUCUUAUCAUCCAACACAACAGAAGGGCUCAUUGUGUUGAAAAAAUCAACGACGAUGGACGACAGUCAAGAGUCGAGUUUUUCGGUUUCCAAAUAUGAAACAAAUGAUGAUGGAUCUAUGGGCCAAUUCAUUUCAAUAAAUGAAUGUGAACGGGAAAUUCAAAUGUUAGAACGUGACAUUCGUCAACAGAAAGAGUCCAGUGCAAAUGCGAAAACAGCGAUAACAUUCGAUCAACUUCGGAAAAUUCAUACACUCUCUACAUUGCUUGGACCACACAAAGAGCUAUUCUUUGAUAGGAUAUGUCGGGCAGCCGAUAUACAAAGGGCAUCUUUGAAAAAUCGUUUGAAAUCAAAUAUAAAUAAAUUCGAGCCCAGCACACCUCUGUCGUUUCAACCGGGAUUCGAUUCUCAGAGCUCUCUUUCAACGACUUCAGAGAGCCAAAAUUUUGUGGUGACCCCAACAACUCUUAGCAGUUUAUUGAACAAUCACACACGGAAGAAUCACAUUGAAAUGCUGGCUCCACUAGCGUCCGAAGAGGAGUUGAUGAGAUUUCCUGCGGAACGACAGUUUGAUCUAAUGCAAAUUGGAUUUAGUUACGAUGAAGUGAAGCAGUUGCUGGAAAUGUUUGAAAAAUUCAAGAAUGACGUUCAAGAGAUUAACAGGCUUCAUACAUUGACACAGAUCCUGAAUCAAUUUUGCAACUACAUCUCAAUGUACGCACCACCCAAUCUGAAAAUGAUAUCAUCGGCGUUCAAUUUGCUAGAACUUGGAAACUCAGCUCAUGAAGUGAAAAGGGUUUUACUGAAAGCGCGUCGUCGUGAAGAAUCAGAAGAAUCAGAUGUUUCAUUUUCCAAAAAGCCACGUCCUUCUUCUAGAUCUCCUGCAUCUCCAAAUCGAGAUGAUCUAUUGUUGGGACUCGAUCGUUCUCCGCCCAGCGAUGAUGGAACUCAGAAAGUUUGAAAUUGAAAUUGAUGAAUAUGAAACACACUUUUAUUAUAUUUAAGCACUUACCUCGGUUUUGGAUGAUUUCAAACGUUUUUCUACUGAUGCUCCACUUUUAAUUCAGUUCUCAAUUUCUACAGAUUUAUUAUUAUUAUUAUAUCAAUAUUAAGCAAACCAGUAAGCUCGAAAUACAACAUGCAGAGGACGGAUGAAUUCUGACCAUUU